UUUUUAUCUUCGACAUUAAAACGAGGGAAUAAUCAAUCUGUCUGGUGACAAACAGUCAGGUCGGCCAGAAAUACACUAACGGUUGACCCGGUUCGACUGGAUAUUGUUACUGUGCCAUUGUUAUUAUCGUGUAGCUUAGUAGGCUAAAAAUUACGUUCUCAUUUGAUUGAUUUUGUAUAGUUAUGGUGCCUGCCGUUAGUUAUCUGGGUGUGCUUUAACGGAGACAGCAUUUGUCACAUGAUUGUAUUUCUUUGCCUGGUCAUCUGAUGAGGGUCAACGGCGGUUACGGCUGGCGAUCCCCUAAGGCAGCUAAUCUCUUGGAAGACAUUUUCCAAAACGUCUUGUUUUCACCUGACAAGGUAUAACAAGAGGCCACUUCUGAGAUAAGCCCCCGGGGAGUUGCAAAAUGAAUAUGAGCUCGGUCUGGACAUUCUUCUUUGAGGGGCUUUAUUGUUUUCUGUUAUUCACUUUCCAUACGGUGAAGUUUCUGUGGCACCAAGGCGAACGAGACGGCAGGGGCAAGCUGCCUUCGAUCAAUAACCGAAUACUCACCUAUUCCGGAGUACAGAUAGCUUCGCUGAUUCGGAAAAAAAUUAUCACAUCCGAAGAGGUCGUACGCGUUUUCAUUGCCCGAAUCGAACAGGUAAAUCCGCUUCUCAAUGCUGUGGUAUCAGAAAGAUUCGAACAAGCGCUAGAAGAGGCUCGACGAGCUGAUGAACUCGUACGAAACUCGACGGCAUCCCAGUUAGCCAAAGAAAAGCCUCUUUUGGGUGUGCCAAUCACGACAAAGGAGUCAAAUUCUGUUGAAGGACAAUGCGCAGAUAUCGGCUCAGUUAUCCAUAAGGGUGAACGGUCGCCGCAGGACUCCGUUUGCAUUCGAAUGCUUCGAUCCGCUGGGGCAAUACCACUGUGCGUAACAAACGUGCCCGAAAUGACGAUGUGGAUGGAAACGUCGAACUUGAUUCACGGCACAACCAAUAACCCAUACGACCUUCACCGCACCUGUGGCGGAUCCAGUGGAGGUGAAGGAGCGCUUCUCGGAGCAGCUGCUUCAGUUAUAGGUGUCGGCAGUGACACCUGCGGUUCGGUCCGGUUUCCGUCUGCAUGGUGUGGCGUGUUUGGCCACAAGCCAUCUGCUGAAGUAAUCGAUAUCCAAGGUCUCGUCCCGGAACCUGCGAAAGGUAUGGCACCAAUCGUAUGCGUCGGACCAAUGACACGAUACUCAGAAGAUCUUAGUCCUGUACUUCGGCUACUUGCCCGAGAUCCAUCUAAACUACAACUUGACACGCCGGUGGACAUUUCUAGGUUGAACAUAUACUACAUGGAUGAAGAGGGCGCAUCGUACUUUUCAUGUGUUCGCUCUGACAUGCGUUACUCCGUAAGGAAGGUCGUUUCACAUUUAGCUGCAACGCACGGCUGCGAAAUUCAGGAGAUGCGACCUACCGAACUCUUUGCCGAUGGUUUCACUUUCUUUUUGUCGACGAUGGAACGUCUUGGAGUGCCGCCAACGCGCUUCUUGUUCAAGUUGCCUCCUAAAGGUAUCAAUCCAAAGCGGGAACUGUUCCUUAAAGUGGCCGGAUUGUCCUAUCAUACGUUGGCUGCUAUUCGAAUGUCGUGGAUUGAUAAACGAUACCGCAAAAAGUGUUAUGCCAGUAGGAGACGUCGGAACCUGGACAGACUCGAAGAGCUUGAAAGGAGGCUGAACGCCAUGCUCGGAGAUAAUGGGGUGCUCAUAUUUCCCGCGAUGCUCAGUGCUGCUCCCUUCCAUCAUGCGCCACAGCUACACCCGUACGGAUUUCUGAGCUUAAUCGCGCCCUUCACGGUCCUUAAGAUGCCUGUGACUAUAUGUCCGAUCGGACUCAACAAUGAGCGAGUACCACUUUCCGUUGCUGUGGCAUCCCGAAGGUUCAACGAUCGAUUGACGCUGGCCAUUGCACGCGAUCUCGAGAAAGCUUUCGGGGGCUGGAGACCUCCCUGCCCCUUAAACGUCUAUGAAGAUACUGAAAGCAAUUAAACAACGAAUUUUUUUUGCAGUAAAUAUGUCAUACUGUUCGAACGACUUUGAUUUAUUUUGCCCUAUAUUGUUAUGCUCAGUUCUGACGCGAAUUGAAAGGUUGGAAAGAGAAUCCACCGUUAAACCUUUGAUGUAAAGCUAAAACGGAAGACUGUUCCAAAAUUACCAGCUUGUAAUGGUGCUACGCUUUAUUAUCAUCUAAAACGUUCUAUUUUAUUUUGUCGUGUCUCGCUAUAGCUUCCCACGUAUCGUAGGUGUUUGUAAUAUACACGAAAAUGUUCACGCGGAUAUAUCCCUCUGCAAAAAAUCUUAGAAAAAGGCUCUGACUGUGACAGGACAUUUCAGUGUUUAACGCCUAUUCGGAAUAGGAUUCUGAGACCUUUUGAAAAUAAGGAAUUAAAAAUUAAUCGGUGUUUUUGGAUUCCUAGACAAGUGUAAAGGGAGUGCAGCAGAACGUAGUAGAAGGCGUGUGGAAACGUCUAUGCAGACGGUAGAUUCAGGUCGUGAACGAGAAUUAGGAAUAAAUCAAAACUGGGCGUUCACAGUGCACUAUUGCAGCUCAAAGUUAAAUAAAGGAAGACAACUGGUAAUAGAAAUAAAUAUAAAGAACGAGUUAUGGCUAUUUGGAGGAAUUGUAUGCGUCAUUUUCCAUGCCGUCCCGGCUAAUGCUUUAGAGCAAGCGAUACUUAUAAAAUCGACGGCAAUUUCUGCUAUUGUAUCAUCUAUUUCUCUACCUAGUGUUAACAAUAAUUAGGACCUCAAAAAAAAAACUGCUCAUCGGAAGACUGGCGAGAUUACCUUCACCCUGUAAUCAGACACUGCGUUAAGAUACAGGCCAUGUCGACUCUCUAUAAAGAAAAUAUACUAAUAAACCAUUGCUUGAAUUCUGGUUCA